AGCAGCGGAACAUGGCUGCAGUCAGUGCCCGGCUCCUGCUGCCCGUCUGCCUGCUCUCCAUCCUGGCGGCUGUGCCAGGCCAGGAGCUCCCGGUGGAGGAGGAGGGGGCCCUCCCGGAGUCCGGCUUCCAGAAGCCCAGUGUCCUGGUCGCCAUCAUAGCCCGGAAUGCCGCCCACACGCUGCCCUAUUUCCUGGACUGCCUGGACAAGCUGGACUACCCCAAGAACAGGAUGGCGAUCUGGGCAGCAACGGAUCACAACAGCGAUAACACCACGGCUGUGUUACGAGAAUGGUUGAAGAGUGUACAAAAACUGUACCAUUAUAUUGAAUGGAGGCCUAUGGCAGAACCACAGUCUUACACUGAUGAAUUUGGACCUAAACACUGGCCGGCUUCCAGAUUUGCCCAUGUAAUGAAGCUUCGUCAGGCGGCGCUGCGCACUGCACGGGAAAAAUGGUCUGAUUUUAUAUUUUAUGUAGAUGCAGAUAACUUUCUGACGAACCCACAAACCUUAAGUCGUCUGAUGGAAGAAAACAAAACCGUUGUGGCCCCUAUGUUAGAGUCCCGGACACUUUACUCCAACUUCUGGUGCGGUAUGACACCACAGGGUUAUUAUAAAAGAACUCCAGACUAUGUUCUCAUAAGAGAAUGGAAGAGACAAGGCUGUUUUGCCGUGCCAAUGAUUCAUUCUACAAUGCUUAUUGAUCUUCGAAAGCAAGCCUCCAUGAAUCUGCAGUUCUACCCUCCACAUGAUGACUUUACAUGGAGUUUUGAUGACAUAAUUGUAUUUGCCUUCUCUUGCAGAUAUGCAGGAAUUCAGAUGUAUAUUUGUAACAAGGAGCAUUAUGGGUACCUUCCUGUGCCUCUGAAACCACAUCAAACCCUGGAGGAUGACAUUGAGAGCUUUUCACAUGUGCUGACAGAAGCAAUGAUUGAUCGACCUCCACUGGAGACUUCACGAUAUGUCCAUGUGCCAUCCAAACAACCAGACAAGUUAGGGUUUGACGAGGUUUUCCUGAUCAAUUUGAAGCGUCGUCUAGAUCGUCGUGUCCGGAUGCUACGUAGUCUAUAUGAACUGCAAAUCCAGGUGAAGAUAUUUGAUGCAGUGGAUGGCAAGGCCCUUAAUACAAGUCAGCUUAAGACUCUAAAUAUCGAUGUCUUACCUGGAUACCAAGACCCCUACUCCGAGAGAACACUAACCAGGGGUGAAAUAGGAUGCUUCCUCAGUCAUUAUUACGUAUGGAAAGAGGUGGUUGAUCGAGGCCUUGAGAAAGCCCUGGUGAUAGAAGAUGAUGUACGAUUUGAACAUCAGUUUAAGAGAAAACUCAUAAAACUCAUAAAUGACAUUGAAACAGCUGCUCUGGACUGGGAUUUAGUCUACAUAGGAAGGAAAAGAAUGCAAGUGCAACGUCCAGAAAAAGCGGUUCCAAAUGUAAUGAAUUUGGUUGAAGCGGAUUAUUCAUAUUGGACGCUGGGUUAUGCCAUCUCACAGAAGGGAGCACAAAAAUUAAUUAAUGCUGAUCCCUUGGGCAAGAUGUUACCAGUGGAUGAAUUUCUUCCAGUCAUGUAUAACAAGCAUCCAGUAGAGAAAUAUAUGGAGCAUUAUCACCCGCGUGAUCUCAACGCCUUUUCUGCUGAGCCCCUGCUUGUCUACCCAACGCAUUACACUGGCCAGCCUGGAUAUUUCAGUGACACAGAAACAUCCACCAUAUGGGACAAUGAGACGCUGGCAACUGAUUGGGACAGACAGUACUCUGGAAAAACCCGACAGCAGGGUCAAAUACACACGGAUGCUCAGAAUACAGACGCAUUGUCACCUCAGACUACACUUGACACAUCAUCUCGGGAUGAACUAUGAUUACUGCAAAGUUGUGUAUAUAGCACAUCUGUUCUGUAUAGAAAAAAUGUUAACUGUGAAUAUUUUGAAAUAGAAAGUAAUUUUAUAUGAAUGAGCACAUGUACAGAACAGUGGCUAUACCGGUCCUGCUAGAUGUCACAGAAUGACUUUAGUUCCAGGUUAGGCUGAGUUCACAUGCAGGGGUUUGGGACGAAGUGAUAAGGUUGGGGACUACAGCACUAACACAACGAAAAACGACAGCAAAAACAUUUCACAGGGACGGCCACACAUGGUGUAUUUUGGUGCAGAAAAAUCUGCUAUAGAUACACAGCCAAAUCUGCAUGCGGAUUUUGCCACAGCUUUCACCGUGGACUUGAUGAGGGUGUCACCGGAGAAUCAGAAAAAGUGCAAUCUGUGUUGAAAAUCAGCAACAUAAAUUGAUGGCAUAUUGUGUCAAAUUAUGUGUUAUUUUUAUUCUGUAAAUUUUCUGCAGUACGUAGUAAUUAAAAAAAUAAAAUAUCCACAUUCCGGGUACUGCAUGCAGUUCUGCAGCGUAUACACCGCAUGUGGCCGAACCUUUACUUACUCACUGAUGUAUUUCACAUACAUGCCACUCAGUGUCUACCUAUGGAUUCAGGCUAUGGCUACUGUUACCACCAUCGCAAGUCUAUAUUUAACCCCUUAUAAGUACAACAUUUUCCGAUCCUUAUGCAAUUAUCAUAAUACUAAUUUUUCAAUAGGAUGAAAACAGUUGGUAGCAUUACUGCUGUCUUGUGUGAAAGGGGUUGUCUCACUUCUUCAAAUGGCAUUUAUCAUGUACAAGGCACUUACUAAUGUAUUGUGAUUCUCCAUAUUGCCUCCUAUGCUGGCUGGAUUCAUUCCGUUUCCAGCGGUUACAGCCACUGCUGCAGUGCAGAUACAAAGUGGCCGGGGCGGGAGCUGCUGUGCAUGCGUUCCUAUGUGUACUCCCACUGUAGUAACUUUCCUACAUGAUAAAUGCCAUUUGCUGCAGUAAGAGACCCCCUUUAAAAGAUCUGAUAAGACUCCAGUGGAAACCUUUGCAGAAUUCCUUUUUGUGUUUGUAUGUGCAUUACAGCUUAUGGGGUGUUCUGUGUGGUAAAUUCUGAGCAUAUUAUGAUCCUAAGGAACAUAUUUAAAAUCUAUUUUGAAUUGUAUCAGUAAUUAUUCUAUUAAGCCUGUGUGCACGUUAUUUAAGCAGGAUAUGUAUUAUGUUUUCAUUCAGGAGUCUGAAGAAAUAUCCAGAAAAUUAUUUUUUGUUACUGAAAUUAUGUGAAAUAAUAAUUGCUGU